CCGAUACCAAACAGCGUCGUUUGAAUUUCGGGCACGUUGGUUCAGGGAGAGGUUUAGUCUUUGGUGCAUUGUUGACAAAAAGCUCUUCACAUAAAAUUUGUAUCGGCUGUAUUGGAGGAUGCCUCGUCGUGAUCCUGACAGUUCUGCAAGCCGGCGCAAGGGUGCAGUACCCAAGCGUCGGCCUCCAGCCUCGACCGCGACUGCUUCAACAUCAAAGGCACCACGGCUGAGCGGACCAUCAGCCUCUGCAGGUCCAGCUCCCUCCCCGCGAAAAAAGAGAAGGUUUCGCCCUGGCACCCGAGCUCUGAUGGAAAUUCGCAAGUACCAGAAGAGCACUGACUUGCUUUUGCGCAAGGGACCGUUUGCACGCCUGGUUCGAGAAGUGUGCCAUACUUAUAGCAGGGACUUCAUGAGAUGGCAGGUGAACGCUCUUCUGGCCUUGCAGGAGGCUGCAGAGGCUUUCCUCGUUUUACUGUUUUCCGACGCCUACUUGUGUACCAUACACGCCAAGCGUGUAACGCUGUUCCCCCGUGACAUUCAGCUUGCCCGGCGAAUUCGAGGAGUGGAUGAUCUCUGAGAAUGCUCAGAUGAGCAGUUUGGCUUGGGAUGAGGUCUGUUGUAGCCUCUUUUUUUUUUUUUUUUAACUCAAGCUCAGCCAAGGUGACCUUGGAUCAUGGACCAUGGGGUGUUGAGGACCUAACAAUGCUAUGUUUUGAUGCAAAGCAUUAGUGGACCUAAUUUGCCCCAAACAUACAUGCAUCAUGUUCAUGCCAGUUAUAACCUCAGUAUAUUCUAUAACAAAAUGCUAACUCAGGCAAAGACUGUUGACCAAUGUUUUGCAUUUAGAAACACAUAUAUUUUUUUGUACAUUGUGAAGGAAAAACACUGUGUUGGGUAUACUGCUUUAGUUCAUGUGUGUUUUGGGCCUCGUGGUACCUAAGCCAAGUUAGUAUACUGGUCAAAUCUGUAAAUAUUAGAUUUUUUGUAAAUAAUUUUUUGAUAAAUUGUUUUCAUGUUGGAUUUAAAUAAAUGUUUUUAUUCGGUACAAAAACAAUUAGAAAUGGCUCACAUUUGUAUACCUCUGUUUCAUAUGUGCAGGGAUAAAAUCAUAGAAUUACAUGUAG